CUGAGUAAUAAUUGCGGAAGACUUUUGUUGUUCCUGUCUAGACAGACGCAUGUUUUUUUUCUUCUGUUUGCUGGACAACCUCCUGAUGUUGGAGACCUUUCUCCUGUUCCCACGCUGCAGGUUGUCUCUGUGCUUACGAGUUGUGAACAAUGAAAACCGGCAGCACAUCAACUCUCAUACUGCUGGAGAUGAUCUACGUCACACUACUCCCAGCUCUGAAGGCACAAACAAUCAGCGUCCAACCCGAGGUGACUGGACAUCUCGGGCAGGAUGUCACCCUGCCAUGCCGCUUCAUCAAAGCAUCAGCAAAUGACACUGUUAUUCAGGUUCGGUGGGAUCUGCUGGAACCAGAGAGAUAUACAAUCAUUGUUUCUUAUUCCCAGUUUGGGGUGAAAAUCUUUGAUAGUCCUCUGAAAGAGAAGGUGAACCUCACAGAACAGUCGUUGAUAAUUAAAGAUGUUGAAGUGAAGAAUGUAGGGUUGUACAUGUGCACCCUUACAACCUUCCCCAGUGGUUCAUUUGAGGGAACGACCAAACUCAUUGUUCGAGAACAGAUGCCGUUAUCAUCAGUUGUUGUGUCUGCUAUAGUGAUUGCUGUCAUACUGCUGGUGGGGAUCAUGGCAGCCAUAACGUACUUCAUCUUCAUCAGAAGGUGCAGCCUUCUCAGAUUUGAAACAACUCUCAGCACAAAUCAGCUAAUCACAGCACGUUUGAUUCCUUUACUCAGGUGUGACUCUUCAGUCAGCCACAGUGUCGUCAUUGACACAGGUUGGACAGCGAUGGAUGUGUCCAAGUCAUCUGGUAUUGAAAGAGCUGAGGACGUGGUCUACUCUAAAGUCGAGUUCAAACGACUAAGAGGUGAGACGACCUCGAGCAAUGACGAACACAGGAUGCCAUCGAAUGCAGACGUGACAUACGCAGAAGUGACGGUUUGGGUCAGAAGCCGAAAUGAGAGCAAAAAAUAAGAAAUCCCUUUUAAAGCUGCUGUAUGUAAGUUACAUUUAUUAUAGUCUUGGUAUCAUUCCACAUAUUCUAAUAUGGAUGAAUGGACAUGUAGUCUUAGUGCCAGCUCAAUCAAUUAAUCAAUCAAUCAUCAAUCAAAACAUUUAAUAACUGGCAUGAGACAAACUACAGCUGAGGCUGAUGAGAGUAUAACCUAAACUACAAUGACCCUUCACUUCGCUUCACUAGAUUUCUUGGAAAUCAGUGAUGUAGUUUUUGCAAAAUCCAUCUAAAUAACAAACAAGAAAACAUAACCUUUAUGGAGAAGGUAAUAACACUUUGUCCUGAGAGGCAGCUCGAUGAAAAAUCUGUUAUAGAGGUAACUCCAAUACAUCCUCCUUGAAUGUGUGAAUUAGAUCUGAUCACUUGUAGCUGCUGCUGUAUUUCAAUAAAGAGCUUCUGCGUUCUGCGUCCAUCUGCUUCCAGUCAUUUGUGCAGAAAUUGCUUCAUGUCAAUGUUUCUGUGGCUGUUUUCCUUGCUUAAGAAAGUUACAAAAUACGGUUUGCACAGUUGCUGUCAUGGUGGAUACCUGCUUGUGCUUUU